GCGUUGUUUUUCCAGAGUGAAGGUGGUAGUUACAUUACGUUGUGUUUGGAACUGAAAUGCAUGCAGAAUGAAAAAUGAAGAGUAGAGAGUAGACAUGGAAGAAGAAAAGGCCGCAGCAUACUACGAGGAACUCACCCGCAAGGGCGAGGGAGCGGCGAGGUUCAAACAAGGUCUUGGCUUUUCCGCCUCCGCUUCAAACGACGACGUUCCGAAGCCCGGCUCGGCCCUCGCCUCCUCCUCUACGUUCCUCUCCAAAUUCGUCAAAGCCUCUUCCUCCGCCACCCCUUCGGAGUCGGAGAAGCAAGUGCAGGUCCAAUCCGUUCACGACAAGCUCAAGAAAAAGCCCUCUUCCGAGUCUAGGGUUUCGAGCAGAGACAAAAGUAGAAGACGAAGCAGGAGCAGAGAGAGGCACAGGGAAUCGCGGAGGCGGAGCAGGAGUAGAGAGAGACAGAGGUAUAGGGAUAGAGAUUCGGAUAGGGAAAGGCCAGUGACAGUGGGAAAGAGAGUGAAACGAGGAAAGGGAGGGAUUCUCGGAAUGGAGUUGAUUAUUCUAAGCUAAUUCAAGGUUAUGACCGUAUGUCAUCUGCAGAAAGAGUUAAAGCCAAGAUGAAGCUUCAGCUUUCUGAAACUGCUUCACAGGAUUUAGAAAAGGGUGUGGGCUGGGAGCGAUUUGAGUUUAACAAGGAUGCCCCUCUCGAUGAUGAAGAAGUUGAAGUUGCUGAAGAUGAUGCAUCUUUAGUCAAGCACAUUGGCCACAGUUUCAGAUUUUCUGCAGUUGAGGCAAAAAGGGAGGAACAAAUACAAGCUGCUCACGAGGAAGCUAUGUUUGGUGCUACAGCACAUCCACCUCCCAUCAGUACAGACAAUGAGCCUGAAAAGGAGAACGAGAAGGACGUGGAUAAAAAAGAACUGGUUACAAGCCUCUUAAGUGAAACAGUGCUGGCCAAGCAAAAAGGGUCUUGGCGUGAUCGGGUUCGUCAGGCUUAGAAUUUUCACCUUAAAGUUGAUGCUGAAUUACCGAGGAUGAAAAGCUGGACAAAUGUCGCAUGUAAUUCAAUUUUGCAGCUGGAAUUAAGGUGCAAAUUUGCUUGGUUUCUAUUAUGGUGUGAGAUGGGCUUUAACCAUGUAUACAGCCGGUAUCCGUUUCCUCUGCUGAAAUACUAUUAUUUUCAAGCCUAUAUAACUAGUGAGGUAGGCUGUGUUACUGUUUAUCAUUUCAGAAGUGGGAUGUGUGAAAGUGUGAAACGCCAUUUGUCUUCUGUGUAAUGUCAGUUUCGUCGUCAAAUAUUUAGAGGGAAAGCUGGCUAAUAGAAUAAUGUUAAUACAGAGACAUGUCACCUCUGAUGUGCGGAGGAGUGCUAGUAACAUGUUCACUAUCAUAUUCCUCUUAACAUAUUCACUUUUAUUGAUUAGAAAUUAUUGAAAAUUACAAAAUCAAGAGAGAAUCAUUAAAUAAGAAUGAGACUCAUCAAAUUUUGUAUUUUCAAUAAAUUUCAACCAAUGAAAGUGUGUUUAAAAGAGUGUUCCUAACAUUUUUCCGCUGAAUAGUUUUCACCAUCUGAUUAUAGUUAGUUGAUCUCAGCUCAUUUUUUUUUCACAUUUUUAAUUCCGUUUCCUUACAUAGAUGCGAGAUGAUGUGACUUUAUGGGAUGUGUAUUAAGUAUUAUCCGUACCAAUGCGUGAAAUCUUUGGAGAAGGGUUCGUGUGUAGUUAAAUAUUGUGAGUUAGCAGGAGUUUUUUCCCCGUUAUCCGUAUUAGAAACAAUUCUCUUUAUAGAAUUUCAUUUCACUGUUAUAUUUUGGUUUUA